GAUGUUCCUGUGCUGUUGGCUGGUUCUGGGGGCUCUCUUCCCCGCAACCUUAAGCAUCAAUCCUGGAGUAAAGGUCAGGUUGACAGAAAAAGGCAUUGAAUAUGGCAGGCAACUGGGUAUGGCUGACAUGCAGCAGAAACUCAAUUCUAUCCAAGUUCCAGACUUUUCAGGGGAACAGAGGGUGUCUCCGAUUGGAAAAGUCCAGUACAAUUUGUCAAAUAUACAUGUAUUGAAGGUGGGAAUACCAAAGUCUUCAGUGGACCUGGUGCCAGGGACUGGAGUCAGAAUGUCUAUAGGUGAUGCCUUCAUCAGUCUGAAUGGAAACUGGAGGGUCAAGUACCUGCGAAUAAUGUGAGUGAGGUAACAUCUCUUCUUUAGAGAAGUAAUUUAUCUGCUUAAAAAUAUAAUGUGCAUCAAUACCAGAUCAGAUGACCUGCCUGAAAAUAACAAACCAGAAAACAUGG